UAUUACAAGAACAGUUGUGCUUUUGGACACAGAGUCAGGUGUGACAUCACUGGAGGAGCAGAGCUGUGUCCACAGAACUCUCCAAACUGCUUGCUGACUAGAGCUGAAAGGAUUCAGGAGCCAUCACAUUAUCUGCCUACUAGGUACUCGGGCUGGGCGAGGGGAUAUAAGGGUCUGAUCAUUCACAGGAGGCUACUGGAGAUAGUCUGCCGUCCUCCAGUCUGUGACUUGCAUCGUAGUGUGGACUGGACAUCAUGGCAUUGUGCCUCACCCAGGUCUUUAACAAAGACAGAACGUUCCGUCCCAGGAAGAGGUUUGAACCCGGAACCCAACGAUUUGAGCUCUAUAAAAAGGCUCAGGCCUCCCUGAAAUCAGGUCUGGAUCUUAGGAGUGUGGUGCAGCUUCCCGAGGCGGAGAACAUUAAUGACUGGAUAGCUGUGCAUGUUGUUGACUUCUUCAACAGGAUCAAUCUGAUUUAUGGAACAAUGUCAGAGUUCUGCACAGAGAGGAGUUGUCCCAUUAUGUCUGGUGGCCUCAGGUAUGAAUACAGGUGGCAGGAUGACCUCAAGUACAAGAAGCCCACAAAGGUGUCCGCUCCGCUCUAUAUGAACUUGCUAAUGGACUGGAUAGAGACACUGAUCAACAACGAAGACAUAUUCCCAACUCGAACAGGGAUUCCUUUCCCAAAGAACUUCCAGCAAGUCUGCACCAAGAUCCUGACACGGUUAUUCCGGGUAUUUGUCCACGUCUACAUCCAUCAUUUUGAUGGUAUCAUCAGUGUGGGGGCGGAAGCUCAUGUCAACACCUGCUACAAACACUUCUACUACUUCAUUGCAGAGUUCAGCCUGGUGGAUCAUCGAGAGCUGGAACCAUUGAGAGAAAUGACAGAGAGAAUCUGCCACUGACAUUGGAUACACCGGAAAACCUGCUGGAUCCAGAUUUUACAACAUGGAAGUAGCUGACUGCAAAUGGGCCAGGAAUACGAAUUUCCCUAUACCAAUGAAAAGAAGGUGGUCUGACCGCCAAGCUCCAGCUUUGAAGGGGACUAGUGAUGUUAACUGGUGUCCUACAUUAUACAGGUCAAUUUGGUGAAGGUCUAGCACCAAAAAACAAACAGUCAUUAAUCUUCAGAACGUGGCAUUGUGGUGAGGGCGAGUGCCAUGGUGUAGAGUGAAGGCAGCCUGUAGCUUCCCAGGAUCUUGUGCGGCUGCUGUCAUUUCACUCAGAAAGCCUUUUGUUUUCUGGAUCUUCACACAGACGUGCUCCUCUUCCUGGCGCAUGUGAAGAAUAUUUCUCACUAGUGAAGAUAUGAGCCAUUCCAGAUCCAUUUAGAUAAUCAGUGAUGAUUAUGAACUGCUCUUCUAGGAACUCAUUGCUGUAGUACAUGGGGAGCGGAUGUCCAGCACCGAGGGGCCGUCGGAUGCACACGUGCUGGAAUAACGGUGGGGGGUUGGAGGUGUUCUGCUGGGUCUAAAGGGUUCUUGCCAUGGUGUGGAAUACACUUUUAUAUCACUGGUACCUAUGGACAGUCAUUAUCCACUUACUUCUGGUUACAUCGGGAGGGGGGGGGGGGUCAUAAUCCUGUUCUGUGUUCUCAUUUAUUGUGAUGGAAAAAUCCCUUUAAACCUCUGUAUAAAAAAACUAAACUGUUCAGCAUCAGUAGAAUUAAUCCAAUGGAUAUUAUGUAUUAUGGCCCCCCCCUCAUACAAUAUUACACGGCACCACCCCCCCCUCAUACAAUAUUACACGGACCCCCCCCCUGCAUACAAU